CUUGAACCUAAACAGAGGAUUUCCGUCAUCCACCGUCGCCCGAGGAAUUCCAUAGAUUAUGGCCAGAACCGGGACCUGUUGGACAUGCCGUCUCCGGCGCAAGAAGUGCGACCAGAAGCAGCCAGCGUGCCAAUCAUGCUCGGCGCUGAACAUCCGGUGCCACUACAGUACGGAGCGGCCAGACUGGAUGGAUGGCGGCGAGAAGCAAGACGAAAUGACGCGGUGCUUCAAGGCUCAGGUGAAGCAGGGCAAAGAGCGGCAGCGAGAGCGGGACUACAUCCAGGUCCUCAACAUCGGGGGUGACGCCAAGCCCUUGCCAGUUGCAGCCACGGCCGAUUCGUGGACGUUCGAUGGGAUUCCCGCCGUCAACGCUUUCAAGGAACUCGACGUGGACUUCACAAUGCUCUAUGUGGAUCAGGUCUUCCCCUUUCUAUUUCCGUAUUACGCUCCUCCGAUGAUACAAGGCGGACGGGCCUGGGUUCUGGGCAUCCUGCGCCACAAUAAGACGCUGUUCCAUGCGGUCAUGAGCCUCAGCACCUUCUUCUUCACCCUCAUCCUGUCAAGCGAGGACGUCUCCGGUCACCAAGUAUGCAGGCAGAACGUCUGGACGCAGCUUGAGGGUUACGCAAAUACUGCCAUCAAGAGCUUGCAAAAUGAGGUUCUAGCCAUAAACCAGCAGGGAUCCUCGACAUUGCUGCAGCAAUCCCGCGCCAUGGAGAGCAUUACACAGCUAAUGGUCCUCGAAAUGGCCAUGGCAAAAACAUCUGCAUUGAGUAUGCACCUGGGCGCUGCUAUCUCUCUGCUUGAAGAUAUCCUCGAACCCAGCAAACUGAACGACAAAAUCGACAUCAGAAGGGCCAUGGCCGAGCUAGAGAGACCGUCAUGGGUGCCUCUCACCACCGAACGCCCCGUCUGGAACACCGAACAAGCCGCUCUCCGCUUCUUUUUUGCCAUAUUGUUGUGGGCAGACAUAGUCUCCUCUACCUCCUUACAAACAGUACCUCGCCUACGGAAAUACUACCCCAACCUGAUCUGCCACGAGUACGGCGGUGCCACCACAGAACCUCUCCUCCGCAUGGAGGAAUACAUGGGUUGUGAGGGUUGGGCACUGAUUGCAAUUGCUGAGACUGCGGCGCUCGACGUUUGGAAGAGGGAGGAACAAGCAAACGGCACAUUGGCCGCCGAGGACCUCGCCAACCGGGGUGACCAGCUCGAUGGGGCACUUCAACAAGGCCUAAAAGGACUUGACGGGCGAUGCAGAGAGCGAGAGAGAGAACCUCGCCGCAUCCUGCAAAACUUCUAUUUAUCCAGCGAUGCAAACCAAUCCGCCAAGCAAGCCGCGGCGACCCGCAUCUGGGCAUAUGCUUCGCGCAUAUACCUUGCAGUAGUGACGCACGGUUGGCAGCCGCACCUCCCGGCCAUCCGCGAGAGCGCUGGUGAGGUGUUGAGCCUGCUCCAACAGCACGAGAACCCUGCGAUCCUACGCAGCUCUGUGUGGCCGUUCUGCGUUGCCGGUUGUGUCGCCGAUGCAAGUCAGGAGAAAGAGUUCAGGGAUCUGGCGGCGGGUUUGGGGUCACUACAGUCAUUUGGCCUAGUGGGAGAGUCACUCCGGAUCCUAGAGCAUGUAUGGAGCAGACGAGGAGAACUGAAUUUGGAGUGGAAUUUGGCUGCAUGCUUUAGCAUAAUGGGUUCUCCGGUCCUAUUACUGUGAGGGUCUGCGCAGUCCUAGCUCCCAUUAUUCUUAUCUCAUACAUACAACCACUAGGUAAAAGCUUCUCUUCACUGAUCCCGCCACAUUUCCAGCACAUCCUUUACCUUUAGAGGCUGAAUAUCUGGGAAAACCUUGUUGAUGGCCUUGUCUGUCGGCAUAUCGUACUUGCCCUCCAGCGCAUAGAGGCCCCAGAAGGACAUAAGGCCCUCCAGCACCUGUCUAGGGAAAUCGGGCGUGCCCUCAUUGGAAGGGAGUGAAGUAACCUCGCCCUUUUGUAGCUUCUCGGGAGGAUCGUAUGAGACAUCAAACUUGGAACCUAUAAAAUCCGGCAGCAUUUCGUCAGCUUCGAAAAAGGAUACAUAGGUCAAUAGCCUGUAGAUGCAAUUUCUAGGAAUUAUCUUAC